GGUGUCUGUGCUGCAGUGAGAAAGAAAAAAGAAAGUAAAGGAAGAACUUAAGAGAGAAAGAAGAGAGGAUAAUACAGAAAAUGACGCUUCUAUCUUUUCUCUGUUCCUGUCCUCCAGUAAUUCCGCGCUCAUGGUUUCCGUUGACGUCUAAUACAAGUGCUUUCUCCGUCAAUUUCAGGACCCAAAUCCAUUCCUCUGCUUCCACCAACAUUUUCACCCAAAAUCUCGACACCACUCUCUUAUCCAUCGCUGAAUCUUUCUACGAGGAUGAGCUAUGGGCCGCUGCCUGUCUCCGCGUCCGUUCCUUCCAUCAAUUCCGCCCUGACGCCUUCGGAGUCCGAGAUCAUAUGAGGUACUUGGCUGAGCGCGAGUUCGAAGCACUCAAGGAGCGUGUUUCGGGGAAAAGAACGGGCUUCAGAAGAGUUUCUUGCAUUAACGCUUCCCUUCCAUUGUCCCACAUCGCUUCCCUCUCCCAUGAUUUAUGCUCUUCUUGUAAGUUUUCUGCUAACGGAGAGGAGCGGAUUGUAGUUGCCACUCUUGAUCUUAAUCAGUGCUUGAGCCUUCCUGAUGAAAUUGUGGGGUUGAAGCCUGAGGUCACUGGAGCUGAUGUCACCAGGGCAUACCUCAGUAAUGUAUGUGUUGCUGAAGAGUUGCACAGAAAUGGGUUGGGUUAUGCACUUCUUGAAGUGUCAAAGUUAGUA